AUGAAUACUCAAGAGUCGCCAAAUCGAGACAUCUCACAUCUCGAGUCGAUUGAGAAAGGGGGUGUCCCUGAAACAAUUUCUACUGAUUCUAUUGGUGUCAGAAAUGGCGGAGAAGAUUUGGAUACAAUCGAGCAGCAAUAUGUCACGGGCUCGAAACUCCAUUUGAUUGUAUUUUCUUUGACUCUAGCUUGUUUCAUCAUGACAUUGAGUUCAUCGGUCCUGGCAACGGCUGUACCAAGAAUCACAAGUGAAUUUCACUCUGUGGAAGACAUCGGAUGGUAUGGAAGUGCUUAUUUGCUUUCAAACUGCGCUAUGCAACCACUAAGUGGCAAAUUUUAUACCUAUUUUCGCUCAAAUACACAUUCCUUUGUUUCCUUGCAAAUAUUUGAAUUGGGUGCGUUAAUCUGCGGUGUAUCAAGAGACUCAGAUAUGUUGAUUGUAGGAAGAGCAAUUCAAGGAUGUGGUGGAUCCGGUGUUCUUAAUGGCGCUCUCACGAUUCUUGCUGCUGCUGCUCCUAUCUCAAAACGACCAAUUCUUAUUGGUAUAAUAAUGUCUACUGCAUCUAUUGGACAGGUGAUUGGACCUCUUAUUGGUGGUGCAUUGACUCAACAUGCUUCUUGGAUAAUAACCCUAACACGUCUAGGCUUCUUUCUCAAUCUACCCACAAGUUUUCUAACCGCUCUCGUCAUCUUUUUAAUUCAUAUCCCCAACAUUCAUAACCCUGUUCGCACUUCAUGGUCUUCAAAAAAGAAAUUCCUAAACCUCGAUCCAUGUGGUUUUGUUCUUUUCACUCCUACCAUCAUAUCAUUUCUUCUAGCUCUCGAAUGGGGCGGCUCUUCAUAUUCCUGGUCAUCAGCUACUAUUAUCGGUCUGUUUUGCACCUCUUUUGUUCUCUUUCUGUUAUUCCUCUACUGGGAAUACAGCUUGGGAGAAAACGCAAUGAUCACACUUGAUAUGUUGAGAAAGAGAAUAGUGUAUAGUGGAUGUUUGACGGGAAUGCUUAAUCAAGGAGGUUUAGUAGUAAUCUCAUACUAUCUACCGGUUUGGUUCCAGACUAUCAAAGGAGUUUCGCCUACAGAAAGCGGGGUGAGAACGCUACCGACUUUCUUGGCCACUAUUGGGUGUUCGAUUAUCGCAGGGAGUUUGGUUUCUCGACUUGGAUAUUUCACCCCCUGGGCAAUUAUGGGCUGUGUGUGUUCGGCUAUCGGAUCUGGUUGUAUGAGUUUGUUUAACGCCAAUACUGGGGCGGGGCGAAUGGAUUGGCUUUCAGAUCUUGGUUGGUGCUGGACGAGGAAUGCUUUCUCAAAUGUCACUAAAAUUCCGUUAGCCCAUAACAGCGAUUCAAAACUCUCUCCCCGCCACAGAUAUUGCGAUCGGCUCAUCUCUCGCUACCUUUUCCGGAUACUUCGGCAGCGCAAUUUUUCUAUCCUUCGCCUGAACAAUCUUUACAAAUUCUUUGACGAAGGAACUAGCUAA